AUGAGUCUAUUAUUUUCGAGAUUAUUAUCAUCUGUAAUACUGUUUGCAGCCACACUAGUGGCCGGUACGCUACCUGUCCUCUGGUAUCGCUCAUGGGUUCGGCGAAAACAUCAAUCGGGUGGCAACAACAACAUUAGCCAAUCUGGUUCAUCAUUUAGUACUGAUAAAGACAAUGAUCAUUGCUCUGUCCAACAAUCAUCUAUCUGUACACUAUCUGAUAAUCGUUACGUACAGUUUGUUACACAACUGGGCGGUGGUAUACUAUUUUUUACGGUAUUAGUCCAUAUGAUUCCCGAAGUUCGGAACAACUUCGAGAUUUAUCUCAAAAGUAAUCACUCGAUAUUUGUCGACUCUGACAAUUGCACCGAUAUUGAGGACAAACCUAAAAGUAUUGAAGAUCUUGAACUACCGUAUCUCGAGAUUGUCAUUUGUUGCGGGUUUUUUGCUAUCUAUUUGGCCGAAGUACUGAUGCACCGGUUGGUUGGCCAUCGUAUCGAUAGUGAAAAACAGUAUUUAUUAGAUGAUAAGCCUAUGAACGAUGUUAAACAAAGCAAAACUGAUCACAAUAUCAAUAACAAUAAUAUUAAAAUUGUUGAUGAAUUUGAAGGUAAUGUUACCGAUCAUUGCGAUAAAGUCGAUUGUGACGAAAGGUCAGCUAUACUGGCCAACGAGCACCGGAACAACAAAACAGGCUGCAGAUCGCAACACCGGGGAUUGGUGACCGCCAGUGAUAAUACCAAUGGCGACAAUGAUUGUGAUGUCGUUAUAGUUAUAGAGCACAGACAUCCAGAAUCGGACGACCCUCACAUCAAUGAUCCGUUUUGGGUACGUUUUCUACACGGACUGCUAGUUGUGACCACAUUUUCCAUACACUCUAUAUUCGAUGGCAUAUCCAUUGGCGUGCGGACAGACAUAUCGGAAAUGUGGACCGUUUUCAUAGCAAUUGCAUCUCACAAACUGAUUAUCUCCCUAAUCAUCGGUGUCGAGCUCUACGACAAGUGUCAAACAUUUGCAUUGUUAGUGUUUCAUAUGAUCUGUUUUGCUAUUAUGUCGCCGAUCGGCAUAUUUGUGGUCAUUUUGGCCGAACAAUCGCUCGACACGCACAGCGAAACCAAUUUGUUGGUCAUUGUGUUGAGCGCAUUGGCCGCCGGGAGUGUACUGUAUAUUGUGUUUUUCGAAAUACUACAGAAACAUCGGGUCAACCGAUUGACACCUGUCCUACAGUUUAUGGCAAUGACAGUUGGGUUUGGCUUUAUGCUGGCCAUUACAUCCCUAUUUCAUGAACACCAUGAACAUUAA